CCCCCAACCCCUGCCGCCAACCGGCAACGAAUGAUGGCGGCGGGGGUCCGUCCCCGUUUGCACAGCGUGGCUGGCAACGGCAAUGGGCGGGCUUUCUCGGUAAAAGAGCAACGCCAGUGCCUGCCACCCCGCCAUCUGUCUUGUCGCCGCAUCCACCAGUCUCGGCUCGUCUGGCUUCCUCGUCUUGGGGGCUUCUUCUGUCGUGAUGGAUCCCGUGUCCAAGUCGUUAUCACGCAACCCAACAUGAGAGUCGCAGCAACACGCCUGGGCGGCCUCGUCCAGAGGAGGGGCUUUGCCAGCACGGCGCGCCGCCUCGACACCUACGGCUUUGUCGGUCUCGGCCAGAUGGGCUAUCAAAUGGCCAGGAACCUCCAGGCCAAGCUCAAGCCGACAGACAAGGUGGCCAUCUUCGACAUCAAUCCCCAGGCCAUGAAGGGCCUCGAGACGGAGAUGAAGGCGGUGGGCAACGGCGCGACCGUCGAGCUGGCGGCCAGCGCCUUUGAUGCAUCCAAGGACGCCGACACGGUCAUCACGGUCCUCCCCGAGCCGCAGCACGUGCAGGGCGUCUACAAGUCGAUCCUAACGUCGUCCCUCCCCGAGAAACGAGACCGCAUCUUCGUCGACUGCUCGACCAUCGACCCGUCAACGUCGCGGCAGGUGGCGGCGUCGGUCGCGUCGGCGGGCCAGGGCACCUUCGUGGACGCGCCCAUGUCGGGCGGCGUGGUGGGCGCGACGGCGGGCACGCUGACCUUUAUGCUGGGCGCCGACGAGGCCCUCGUGCCGCGCGUGGAGCCGACGCUGCUGCGCAUGGGGCGCAAGGUGCUGCACUGCGGCGCGCAGGGGGCGGGCCUGUCGGCCAAGCUGGCCAACAACUACCUGCUGGCGCUCAACAACAUCGCGACGGCCGAGGCCAUGAACCUGGGGAUGCGCUGGGGGCUGGACCCGAGGACGCUGGCGGGCGUCAUCAACGUCAGCACGGGCCGGUGCUGGCCCAGCGAGGUCAACAACCCGGUCCGGGGCGUCGUCGAGGCGGCGCCCGCGGGCAGGGACUACCGCGGCGGGUUCGGCAUCUCGCUCAUGAAGAAGGACCUGCGGCUGGCCAUGGUGGCGGCCGAGGAGGCGGGCGCGCGCAUGGCCAUGGCCGACGCGGCCUACGGCGUGUACGAGGCGGCCGAGAAGCUCGAUGAGUGCAAGGGGCGCGACUUUUCCGUCGUGUACCGCUAUCUGGGGGGGAAGGAGGGGGAGUAACUUGUAUGGUAGAGCAGCAGAUGCCAGUCGAUGUCUUUGUAUGCCCUCGGAGUGCGUAGGUGCCCACUAUCGCAUGGUGUUCCAUGCCUCUCUGAUGGUGCCUUUUAUCCUACAAGAAGAAAGCGAGAG